AUGUCAAUGAAACGUUACUCAUCGGCAGCCAUGUCAAGCUUGCUCUCUCUUCAAACGCCAGCGAAGAAGAAGAUGAUGGUAAAUCGCCCCAUGGAAAACAAAAAGGCUUGUGAUGUGUUCAUUAGUCAUAGAGGCAUCGACACCAAAAGAACUAUAGCCACCUUGCUUUACGACCACCUUUCAUGGCUAAACCUGCAACCUUUCUUGGACAACAAGAACAUGAAACCCGGGGAUAAAUUGUUCACCAACAUCGACGACACGAUUCGGAAUUGUAAAAUCGGCGUUACGGUUUUUUCACCGAACUAUUGCAAAUCCCACUUUUGCCUUCAUGAAUUGGCUUUGUUCAUAGAGUCCAAGAAAAAGAUUAUCCCAAUCUUCUGCGACAUUAAACCUUCGCAACUUGGUGUUGUCAACAAUGGCACCGUGCCUUGGAAAGAUGUAGAGAGGUUUAAAUUGGCUCUCGAGGAGGCUAAACACACCGUGGGGCUAAUAUUCGACUCUUCUAAAGGGAAUUUGUCUGAUUUAGUGACAAAUGCUUCCAAAAUUGUGAUCGAAAGCUUGAUUGAGAUGGAAAGUGAGCAGCGGAUAUUUAACAACACUCCAGUAACUCAUGUUUAUGAUGAUUUCCGACGUAACAAAUAUUACUAUAUCACUCACAUGGUUCUGGAAUGCUGUAGGGAACUUGUUGAUAGCGUGCACGGUUGGUGUUGCAGUGGUCACAGGAUGACAAGGCAUGGGGCUUCACGUGGGUGA